AUGCUAUUGAGCUGCAUCCGCGACAGGCACAGAUACAGCCCUUGGUGUCUUAUUGGCGGGUUGGUAUUCGCAUUCCUUACCUUGCUGUUCUGGCAGUCCUCUAGCCCAGUGUUUCUGGAUCGUGCUUGCAUUCAUCAGGGUGAUCCGCGGCUGAAAACAGAAGGCAUCUUGAACAUCGCCGCAUUUCUGAAGGCGUCCAAGUCACUCGUGGUCGCGUUUGAUGAGAGCUACCUGUCGAGGGCUUGGUGCGUGUUCGAAAUUGCAGCCUUCCUCAAAAGCCAUGAAGGUGAAAGUCCACCGCCUGUGGUAAUCAAACAAAUCGCGGUCGCACCGACCACCUUCGCCUUGAUCAUCUUUUCGUCGCUGGUUCUGUUAUACACGAUAUGUCUACCCGCGUCGGGUUAUCUCGUUUACAUGCAGCUGGCGUUCAUGGUGGCCUUCGCUGUGACAAAUCACAUCAUGCUUUUGCGAAUGCGGCGAAGUACUUCCCAGGCAGAGGAAGAUUUCAAAAGCUUCCGGUGGGAAAGCUGCACAUGCCAUUGUUGCUCCGAAGGGCACGAAGUAAAUGGUGUGGCACUUCCGUGUGACAAGGAAAUCCUGGCAACAUGCAUUACCAGGUGGUUUGGCUCAAUAGAAGCUUUCGAGAACUGUGUCAGACGCGACGUUUGUACAACAUUCAUGCGAGAACUACGCCGCCAGCCGCUCGGAUACCAAUGGUUGUUGGCAGCAUCGACCUUCAUUCUGUGGGGUGAGGCAGAUUUGGCCUUAGCGCGGGCAGGCUCCGGCGAUUUCUACCAUGCCGCAUUUCUGGCGGUGUGGGGCUUAGCUUGGUGGAGUUGCAUUGCUCCCGCCCAGUUUGCUGUUUUUACAGCUAUCGCGCGAUGGCAAGACGGUGGGAAGCUUCGCAUGUUGCGAUGCAUGAUUGGCAUCAGUGCUAGUGUGCUCAACGUACUCAGUCCUCACAUUUUCCAAUACGUGUGCUGGCGGCUGCUGCUUCCGAACUAUGUGAUGGCAUUCGUUGUGAUUCCUUCGGGCACUUGUUUGGCGGCUGUGGCAGCGAUUUGGCUGCUGCAGAAGCCCUGCCACAGGAAUAACGUGGAGACACACUCGGCCUAA